AUGUUGGAUGGUCAUACGCAGAUGGUGCUAGGGGACUCCCAUGUGGGAGACCUCUCGCCGUCGCGACUCGCCUCCGCUUUCGACCACCGCCAGCGACAGGCCUUCUGCGGUGAUCCGGAGGGCUGGGGUCCGCUCAGCUUAAAUGGCUUCUAUCUCACUUCGUGCUUUGUGGACGUAGCUGUCGCCCUCGUCGCCGUGUGGGGUUCGUUGGCCGGUCUCGCUGCGCUCUGGAUGUUACUGAAGAAGCGUAUCCCGCAGCCCGUCGCAAAGAAUUGGCAUUUCUAUGCUAAGUUGACCGUUCUCGCUGCUCUGAUCUUCGUCACCGCACUCCAAGCAGCUUUGCAUGCCGAGACUCAACCCAAGACCUUCUUUGCCGAUUUCCGAUUCUGGUCCUCCCUCUUGACGCUCGGCUCGCUAGGUGUGAUCUUUGCUGUGCAGUACUAUGAACAUUGGCGGAGUCGACAGCCGAAUGGGGUCGUUCUGUUCUAUUGGCUCUUCUUCAUCAUUGCCUAUGCUGUUAAGCUGCAGUCACUUGUCUCUCAGAAGACUUAUCUGCAACACCUACCAACCUUUGUCUGCGUGAAUGUCGGCCUGGGUCUUUCCUUGCUAGAAUUCGUGUUGGAAUAUUUCGUUCCUAAGAAGCAAAGUGCAUACGACGCCCUCGGUGACGAAGAUGAAUGUCCCUAUAACUAUGCCGACAUCUUCUCAGUCCUUACAUUCGGCUGGAUGACACCGAUGAUGAAGUUUGGCUAUAAAAACUAUCUGACUCAAGAUGAUUUGUGGAACCUUCGUCGUCGCGACACUACCCGAGUGACUCUGGAUGACUUGAACACCGCGUGGGAGGAGGAGCUCGAAAAGAAAAAUCCCUCCCUCUGGAUGGCUCUUUUCAAGGCAUUUGGCGGUCCGUACGUUCGGGGCGCGAUCAUCAAAUCGGGCAGUGACAUGCUCGCGUUUGUUCAGCCACAACUGCUGCGAUACUUGAUCACUUUCAUCGACUCGUAUCGAAGCCCGGACCCGCAGCCGGUCAUUCGAGGUGUGGCCAUUGCCCUCGCAAUGUUCGUAGUCUCGGUCUGCCAGACUAGCUGUCUCCACCAGUACUUCCAGCGAGCCUUUGACACUGGUAUGCGGGUCAAGUCAUCUUUGACCGCCCUUAUCUAUGCGAAGGCAUUGCGACUGUCCAGCGAAGGUCGUGCGAGCAAGACUACUGGUGAUAUUGUCAACCACAUGGCUGUUGACCAACAGCGUCUUUCCGAUCUGACCCAAUUCGGUACCCAGCUGCUGUCGGCUCCUUUCCAGAUCACGCUGUGCAUGCUUUCUCUCUAUCAGCUUGUGGGACCUAGCAUGUUCGCUGGUGUUGGUGUAAUGAUUCUGAUGAUUCCCCUUAACGGUGUCAUUGCACGGAUGAUGAAGAAGCUCCAGAUCAUUCAGAUGAAAAACAAAGACUCGAGAACCCGGCUGAUGACUGAGAUCCUGAACAAUAUUAAGAGCAUUAAGCUCUAUGCUUGGAACACAGCAUUCAUGAACAAGCUCAGCCAUAUCCGAAAUGAUCUAGAGCUGAACACUCUCCGCAAGAUUGGAGCCACGCAAUCUGUCGCCAACUUUACCUGGCAGUCAACUCCUUUCCUCGUCUCCUGCUCCACAUUCACCGUGUUUGUCUUGACGAGUGAUAAGCCUUUGACUACCGAUAUCGUCUUCCCCGCCCUAACACUCUUCAAUCUGCUCACAUUCCCGCUUUCUAUCUUGCCCAUGGUCAUCACCUCCGUUAUUGAGUCUACUGUGGCCGUGAAGCGUCUUGUGGAGUACUUCACUGCAGAGGAACUUCAGACCGACAGUGUCAUUUACCAGGAUCCAGUGGAACAUGCUGGAGAUGAGUCGGUUCGUAUUCGUGAUGCCACAUUCACCUGGGACCGCCACUCUGGAAUUCCUGUUCUCAAGAACAUUGACCUGAGUGCCCGCAAGGGUGAACUCAGCUGCAUUGUUGGCCGUGUUGGCGCUGGCAAGUCUUCCCUGCUCCAAUCCAUUCUUGGCGAACUAUGGAAGAACCAAGGUGAAGUCGUCGUUCGUGGUCGCAUCGCAUAUGUCGCGCAGACCCCCUGGGUCAUGAACGCUAGUGUCCGUGAGAAUAUUGUGUUCGGACACCGGUGGGAUCCUGCCUUCUAUGAUCUUACUGUAGAGGCCUGUGCUCUUCUUGACGAUUUCAAGAUCAUGCCUGAUGGUGAUCAGACCGAAGUUGGAGAGCGGGGAAUAUCUCUCUCUGGUGGUCAAAAGGCAAGAUUGACCCUCGCUCGUGCUGUUUAUGCUCGUGCAGACAUCUACCUCCUUGACGAUGUUCUUUCCGCAGUGGAUCAGCAUGUCGGACGUCACAUUAUCAACAAGGUCCUCGGUAGUUCCGGUAUCCUCAACGGUAAGACCAGGAUUCUGGCCACCAACGCAAUCACUGUCCUCAAGGAGGCGGACUUUAUCGGUCUCCUGCGUGACAAGACCAUCAUUGAGAAGGGCACUUACGAGCAGCUUAUGGCCAUGAAGGGUGAAAUCUCAAACCUUGUCCGUACAAACCUGGCCGAAUCCGAAGAUGAACGUUCCCCCAGCGUCUCAGACGAUAGUCUUGCCAGCCCCAAUGCAUCGGAAGAUGCAGCCGUCAUUGAGACUGGCGAGGAUUCGGACAGCGAAGACUUGGAGGAGCCUGGCUCUCUUGUUCCUAUCAAGAGCCAUGGUGACACCCACAGAAGGACAAGUACCGUCACCAUCCGCCGAGCUAGCACAGCGACUUGGCAAGGCCCGCGUCGCAAGCUUGGUGACGAAGAAAAUGUUCUCAAGAGUAAGCAGACCCAGGAGAUCUCACAGCAAGGCAAGGUCAAGUGGGGCGUCUAUGGCGAGUACGCAAAGAACAGCAACAUUGCUGCUGUCUCUGUCUACCUCUUUGCACUUUUGGCUGCUCAAACUGCCCAGGUGCUUGCAAACUACUGGCUUAAGCACUGGACCGACUACAACGAGGCUCACGGUCGCAAUGAGAGUGUGGGCAGGUUCAUUAGUAUCUAUCUGGCUUUUGGUCUGGGCUCGUCUCUCCUAGUGAUUGUCCAGAACUUGAUUUUGUGGAUCUUCUGCUCAAUUGAGGCCUCCCGCAAGCUUCAUGAGCGCAUGGCAUUUGCCAUCUUCCGUUCGCCCAUGAACUUCUUCGAGACCACUCCAUCCGGCCGUAUUCUGAACAGAUUCUCCAGCGAUAUAUACCGUGUCGAUGAGGUCCUUGCUCGAACCUUCAACAUGCUUUUCGCCAACUCUGCUCGUGCCGUCUUCACCAUGAUUGUCAUUUCCACUACCACGCCCGCGUUCUUGCUGCUGGUUAUUCCUUUGGCCUGGAUCUAUCUCAGCUACCAGAAGUACUACCUCCGAACCUCCCGUGAGCUGAAGCGUCUGGACAGUGUCACCCGCAGUCCGAUUUAUGCCCAUUUCCAGGAGUCUCUCGGUGGUAUUUCGACUAUCCGUGCCUACCGCCAAGAGAACCGAUUUGCUCUCGAGAACGAGUGGCGCAUGGAUGCCAACCUCCGGGCUUACUUCCCAUCCAUCAGUGCUAACCGAUGGCUGGCAGUCCGCCUUGAGUUCAUUGGUUCGAUCAUCAUCCUGGCCUCUGCUGGACUCGCCAUUAUUUCUGUCGCAAGUGGAAGCCUUCUUUCGCCCGGUAUGGUUGGUCUGGCUAUGUCCUAUGCUCUCCAGAUCACCCAGUCUCUCAACUGGAUUGUUCGCCAGACUGUCGAAGUUGAGACGAACAUUGUCUCUGUUGAGCGUGUGCUCGAGUACGCAAACCUGCCCAGCGAGGCGCCCGAUGUCAUCUUCAAGCGCCGGCCUGCCGUUGGUUGGCCCGCUCAAGGUGCUGUCACCUUCAAGAACUACAGCACCCGGUAUCGCGAGGGUCUUGACUUGGUCCUCAAGGAUAUCAAUCUUGAAAUCAAGCCUCACGAGAAAAUUGGUGUUGUCGGACGCACUGGUGCGGGCAAGAGUUCUUUGACAUUGGCUCUGUUCCGCAUUAUUGAGCCCACUGGUGGUACCAUCAGUAUUGAUGGACUCGACGUUUCCUCUAUCGGUUUGUUCGAUCUCCGUGGCCGCCUCGCUAUCAUUCCUCAGGAUCCUGCCAUGUUCGAAGGCACUCUCCGUGACAACCUAGACCCACGCCAUGUUCAUGAUGAUACGGAGCUCUGGAGCGUCCUAGAUCACGCCAAACUGAAGGACCACAUUACCAGCAUGGAAGGCCAACUCGAUGCCCAGAUUCAGGAAGGAGGAUCCAACUUGAGUCAGGGUCAACGCCAGCUAGUCUCUCUUGCUCGGGCCUUGCUCACACCUAGCAACAUCCUUGUCCUGGAUGAGGCAACGGCUGCAGUCGACGUGGAGACGGACGCGCUGCUUCAACGCACUCUGCGUAGCGAUAUCUUCCAAGACCGAACGAUCAUUACUAUUGCGCAUCGCAUCAACACAAUCAUCGACUCAGAUCGUAUCGUCGUCCUUGACAAGGGCCAAGUGGCGGAAUUCGAUACUCCAGCCAAUCUGAUCAAACAGGGCGGUCGCUUCUAUGAGCUCGCAAAGGAGGCUGGCCUGCUUGACAGUGAUGGCCUCGCCAGUUCUUCCUCGCAAAUAGCAUAA